GAGAAGAGACGGUUUGUGAAGAUGUGGAGGUUAACGUGUGUCGGUUUGGCCCUGCUCUUAUGUGUUCAAGGUUCACUUUCUCAGUUGAAUGUUUGUGGACAGGCCCCUCUGAACAACCGUAUUGUGGGCGGUGUGGAUGCAUUUGAGGGUUCCUGGCCGUGGCAGGUCAGUCUGCACAGCUCCAACUUCGGAGGUCAUUUUUGCGGUGGCUCCCUCAUCAACAGUGAAUGGGUGCUGACUGCAGCUCACUGUUUACCUGGUGUCAGCGCAUCCAAUCUGCUGGUGUACCUGGGAAAGAGAACACAGCAAGGAGUCAAUACCUAUGAAAUCAGUAGAAAUGUCAUCUCCAUCAUCGUCCACCCCUCCUACAACAGUCAAACCAGCGACAAUGACAUCGCUCUGAUCCAUCUCUCCUCCACAGUCACUUUUAAUGACUAUAUUAAACCUGUGUGUCUGGCGGCCCAGAACAGUGCCUUCCCUUCUGGCACCAGCAGCUGGAUCACAGGCUGGGGAGAUGUUCAAGCUGGAGUGAGUUUACCUGCUCCUGGGAUCCUGCAGGAGACUAUGGUUCCAGUGGUGGCUAAUGAUCAGUGUAAUACUCUUCUGGGUUCUGGAUCUGUUACCAGCAACAUGAUGUGUGCUGGUUUAAUAGAGGGAGGCAAAGACACCUGCCAGGGAGACUCUGGCGGUCCAAUGGUGAGCAAGCAGUGUUCAGUGUGGGUUCAGUCUGGUAUCACCAGCUGGGGUUAUGGCUGUGCCGAACCCAACGCACCUGGUGUUUACACCCGCGUGUCACAGUAUCAGAGCUGGAUCACAAACAACAUUGGCCAAAACCUUCCAGGAUUCAUCAUUUUCAACCCUUCAAGCACAUGCCAGUCUGUUUCUAUGGUCUCACCUGCUUCUAAUACAUCACCUAUUGCUGCUGCCACAACUGCUUCUACUCCAUUGCCUGUUUCUACUACCUCACGACUUUCUGCUACCUCUAGAACAACUACUACUUUUAGACCUCCACCCAAUCAGUCCUCAAUUUCUUGUCGUAGAAGAUGUGGUGAGAGAUUUGACAUCCGCAACCGCUGCAACUGCAAUCCCGGCUGCCGCAGAAACUGCUGUAGGGAUUAUGAAAGGCAAUGCAAAGAGUCUCAGAGGACCAAAUUAAACCCCAGCAUCCAAUCUGCUUGUGAACACAGGGACUGUGUGAAGAUGUGGAGAUUAACGUGUGUCACUUUGACCCUGCUCAUGUGUGCCAAAGGUUCACUUUCUCAGCUGAAUGUUUGUGGACAGGCUCCUCUAAACACUCGUAUUGUGGGUGGUGUGAACGCACCUGAGGGUUCAUGGCCGUGGCAGGUCAGUCUGCACACUUCUGGACGUCAUUUUUGUGGAGGCUCCCUCAUCAACAAUGAAUGGGUGCUGACAGCAGCUCACUGCUUACCUGGUGUCAGCGCAUCCCGUCUGCGUGUGUAUUUGGGAAGGAGGACACAGGAGGGAGUCAAUACCCAUGAAAUCAGUAGAAAUGUGAGAACGAUAAUCGUUCACCCCUCAUAUAACAGCAACACAAACGACAAUGACAUUGCUCUGCUCCGGCUGUCCUCCACAGUCACCUUUAAUAACUAUAUUAGACCCGUGUGUCUGGCGGCCCAGAACAGCGCCUUCAUUUCUGGGACCAGCAGCUGGAUCACAGGCUGGGGAGAUGUUCAAGCUGGAGAGAGUUUACCUGCUCCUGGGAUCCUGCAGGAAACUAUGGUUCCAGUGGUGGACAAUGUUCGAUGCAAUGCUUUGCUGGGUUCUGGAUCUGUUACCAGCAACAUGAUGUGUGCUGGUUUUACACAGGGAGGCAAAGACACCUGCCAGGGGGAUUCUGGAGGUCCAAUGGUGAGCAGGAAGUGCACAGUGUGGGUUCAGUCUGGUAUCACCAGCUGGGGUUAUGGCUGUGCUGAUCCCAACUCUCCUGGUGUUUACACCCGCGUGUCUCGAUAUCAGAGUUGGAUCACCAGCAGAAUUGGUCAGAACCUUCCAGGAUUUGUUGCCUUCAACCCCCCGACCUCAUGCUCCUCUGCCAGCCUAACCUCAACCUCCUGUAGGGGGAGAUGCAAUGAGAAGAACAACAGUCGCUUUCGCUGCAACUGCAAUACUAACUGCAGUAUAAACUGCUGCCAAGAUUACAGACAGCGUUGUGCCAUGUGAGGUAUGUCAUACUUCCAUGGAUUAUGUAUGAUCACAGGCUUAUAAUCACGUCACUUGCACCUACUGUAAAUUGAAUGAUCUUUAUCUGCUUGUUCGGAGAGGAGAUUUUACUUGAGUGUCGCUUUGGAUACGUUGCACAGUCAGAAAUGAACUCAGUCAAAGAGCUGCUGCACUGACUCAUACUCAGGGGUGUAAACACAUAUUGUUAGUGUUCAACGUAUGUUUAACAACAGCACCAUUAGUAGAAUCCUUGUCUCUUUUGUUUUUCUCCCUCUAGUUCUAGCAUGUAACUGAUUAGCAUUAAUUAUAGGCACGGGCAACUUUUUUUCCCUUCAUUUAGCAUUUGCACUUUUCUUAUACAUAUAUAUAUAUAUAUAUAUAUAUAUAUAUAUAUAUAUAUAUAUAUAUAUAUAUAUAUAUAUAUAUAUAUGUAUAAUGUGUUAUAAUUAUCUUAUAUUUAAAAUUGAUUAUCUCAUUUGUGAUUUCUGCCGACAAACAAGUGGGAACUUUGUUUCAAUAAAUUUUUUGUCACACAAUACUUCAAUGCAUUUUUUGUCUUUUAAUGGCUUUUCUUGUAAUAAAUCUAUCCAACAGGAGUGUACUGAAUCAUGAUGUGGCACAAACCACACAUUUCGGUGACCUUA